AUGGUCAACAAAAUGUUCAAGAAUGUACUGAGGAAGAACAUGAAAGUUUAUGUCGAUGACAUGCUGGUGAAAUCAAAAUCCAUGAGCAAUCACGAAGAUCUCAAAGAUGCCUUUUCCAUUAUCUGGGAGCUUAGUUAUCGAGGCAUUGAGGCAAACCUGGAGAAGAUCAAAGCCCUUUUAGACAUACCUUCACCCAGAAAACACAAGAAUGUUCACAAGUUAGCUGGAAGGAUUAUUGCACUUAGUAGAUUCGUUUCUAAAUCUAUAGAUAAGUGCAUACCUUUCUUCAAUGUACUUCGAGAAAAUAAUAAGUUUGAAUGGACAAUUGAGUGCCCACUUAGUAGAUUCGAGAAACUCAAAGAACACCUAACGAAGGCUCUAAUAUUGUCCAAAUCAAUUAAGGGAGAGUCGUUAUUCUUGUACCUGUCAUUGUCAGAUCAUGCUAUAAGUGCCGCCUUAGUGCGAGAAGAAGAAAAUGUACAACUUCCAGUUUAUUACAUGAGCAAAAGAUUGUUGGGCGUGGAGUGCAAAUAUCCUAUGAUUAAAAACCUUUCCUUUUGCUUACUAAUUGAUUCAUGGAAGUUAAGACCAUACUUUCAAGUUGAUGCCAUUAAGGUAUUGACCAACCACCCUCUUUGUCAAGUAUUACAAAAGCUAGAGUCAUCAGGAAGACUCCUAAAGUGUGCAAUGGAGCUAAGCCAAUUUGAUAUACAUUAUCAACCAAGAAUUUCAAUCAAAGGUCGAGCCUUAGUAGAUUUCAUUGUCGAAUGCACGGGGAUAAAUGAUGACCCUGAAAUGCCAAUCUUGAAGUUAGAAGUUUGGAAAAUAUAUGUAGAUAGAGCAUUAAAUGAGAAAGGUUCUGGAGCUGGAAUCAAUCUAAUUUCUUCUCAACAACUUCAACUCCAAAGUGCACUUCAAUUUGAAUUCGAAGCUUCCAAUAAUGAAGCUGAACAUGAAGCUAUGAUUGCUGGCUUGCAAUUGGCUAAAGAGGUUGGUGCCAAGAACAUUGAGCUUUGCAGCGAUUCACAGGUAGUUGUCAACCAAGUUUCUGGAGAGUAUCAGACGAAAGAAGAGAAGAUGGCUAGUUAUGUAGCAAAACCCAGGGAGCUAUUGAAACAUUUUAAGCACUAUUCUAUGAAGUAA